UCUCUAUCGUACGUACUACUCACUAGUCACUACACUCUCACUCUCACUCUGAGCAGUCACUUUUGUACUGUCCAUGCUUCCUUGUGCGUGCAUUUCUUGUUGAUUUGGACUGUGAUUGGCCUCUAAUGAUCGCCACCAACCACCCGGGGCCAGCCACACACCUCACCACCACCACCACCACCACCGUCCUCCUCCACCUCCACGCCAAAAAUCCAUGCUAGCUUGCAUCAGAGCUACUAGUAGCUAAAUUAACCACGCUUCGCUCGUCGCUCGCUCCUAAUGCUCACGCCCCGCAAAAUAAUCCAGCGAGUCUCAGCCCCCACAUUGCCCGCAAAUCCAACCUUUUCGGGCCCAAUCAACCUCCAAAUCCACCUUUUUCGUCACUCCAUCCUGUCCUAAAUCCCCUCCCUCCCCGCAAAGUCAUACCUUUCCCACUGCACCCUCCUGCAGAAAUCCAGAGAUUCUUUGGCCACUCUGGUUGUUCCCCGCAUGAAUCCGGCUUCGCGCGCACAAUUCCCUGCAAAACCCCAGUUCUUGGCGGUUUUUUUCUUGGGAAAUUUCUUUAUUCUUUAGUAUACUAGCGCCCAAUUCUGCUGGGCGGGGGGGUUCUUGGGAGGGAGAUCCGCCACUUCGUUUCGGCAGCUUGAGCAGCCGGGGAGCUGAGCACAGAGCAGCGCGGCGCGGCGCCCAUGUCGGACUCUGAGCUGUCCCAGGGCACGCUCGUGUUCGGCCUCCACCUCUGGGAGCUCGUCGGCAUCGGUGUCGGUGCCGCAUUCGUGCUCCUCCUCGUCCUCCUCUCCCUGCUCUGCCUCCUCGCCUCCCGCCGCCGCCGCCGCCGCCGUGCCGCCCCCGUCCUCCAGCUCCCCGUCGUCGUGCCCAAUGCCCAGCCCAAGCACCCCGCCGCCAAGCCCCCCAAGGACAUCCAGGAGGUGCCCUCCCGCGGCGGCGCCGCGGCCCCCGCCGCCGCUCCGGCGGCCAAGGCGCCGCUCGCCCAGGUGCUGCAGGCGCCGCCGCCGGACUCCAUCCAGAUCGAGACGGGGAAGGAGCACCGCAUCACGUUCCCGGAGCAGCCGCCGCCCCCGCACCACCAGCGGAGCGGGGGCCCGUCGUCUCGGGGCGCCAGCGGGGAGAGCCGUGGCGGUGGUGGGGAACCCGGGGUCCCGGAGGUGUCGCACCUCGGGUGGGGCCACUGGUACACGCUCAAGGAGCUCGAGGACGCCACGUGCAUGUUCGCCGACGAGAAGGUGAUCGGCGAGGGCGGCUACGGCAUAGUGUACCACGGCGUGCUCGAGGGCGGAGUGCAGGUCGCCGUCAAGAACUUGCUCAACAACAGGGGGCAGGCGGAACGGGAAUUCAAGGUUGAGGUGGAAGCUAUUGGACGGGUGCGACACAAGAACCUUGUGCGGUUGUUAGGAUACUGCGCUGAAGGCAACCAAAGGAUGCUUGUGUAUGAGUAUGUUAAUAAUGGAAACUUGGAGCAAUGGCUCCAUGGUGAUGUUGGUCCUGUGAGCCCUCUUACAUGGGAUAUAAGAAUGAAGAUUAUUCUGGGAACAGCAAAAGGGUUAAUGUAUUUGCACGAGGGGCUUGAGCCAAAGGUGGUUCACCGUGAUGUCAAGUCGAGCAAUAUUCUUCUUGACAAGCAUUGGAAUGCAAAGCUUUCUGAUUUUGGGCUAGCGAAACUUUUGGGUUCAGAGAGGAGUUAUGUCACAACCAGGGUCAUGGGGACAUUUGGGUAUGUUGCACCAGAGUAUGCGGGCACUGGCAUGCUGAAUGAAACUAGCGAUGUCUAUAGUUUUGGAAUUCUUAUCAUGGAAAUAAUAUCUGGCCGUGUACCUGUUGAUUACAACAGGCCGCCAGGGGAGAUUAAUCUUGUUGAGUGGCUGAAGACAAUGGUCAGCAACAGAAACUCUGAAGGGGUUUUGGAUCCAAAGAUGACUGAGAAGCCUACUUCUAGGGCAUUGAAGAAGGCUUUGCUAGUGGCUCUGCGGUGCGUAGAUCCUGAAGCUCGCAAGAGGCCGAAGAUUGGGCAUGUCAUUCACAUGCUUGAAGUUGAUGAUUUCCCAUACAGAGAUGAGCGUCGGGGUGGCAAAGCUCCAACUCAAGCAAGAUCAGUGGAAACACCUGCAAGUGAACCUGGCGAUAGCAGUGGAAACAACACUCCAAAGGAUGCACCGAAGGGAGAACCUUUCAAGUGGAGAAAUCAGGAAGACUAGCUAGCCAUCAGGAAAACGGUGGUUGCUACGAGUCUGUGCCUGAUAAAGAAGCUGGAUAUCGCGUAGGGACAGAGGAAAGCUCAUCUGCAGUCUCAUCGGUUGGUUGGUCAGGCAUGCAAACUCUGCAAGCACCUGUGUCGAUCGUCGUGACAGUAUAUGUACAUUGUUGGAUCAAUAUGUUAGCGAUAGCGAUUUUUUCUGUUGGUUUUCUUGGGGCCUUAUUUAUGCGAGGGAUGAUUUUGUAUGAUAAAGGCGCGCGUGUGUGUACUCCUGAGGGAAAAAAAAAAACAUUGAGCAUUGUUAUAGCUGAAAACCGUUCCAGUGGGAUUGGCCGAUGACCUCCAAAGUCCAAACCUUGAUGCAUGUUUGAGCC